AUGGGGUUUAAUGGAAACUUGGGCCUCUCAUUGACUCAAUUGUUACUUUACCAAAAUCUGCAGCCGUUCUGUGCAAAAGUGGCUAAAGAUUUACCAGCGAGUGUUUACUUUUCCUGCUGGAUAUUACAUACACUUCUGGGAUUCUACAUCACAAAACUCAAGGUGAACGUUGCCAAAAACCAUCCUAAACACAACAAAUGGAGGAGGUCACCAGCCUCUCGGGAGCAAAGGGUCUGGAAUCUUCUGGUAAUAUCCACCAUUCUCUAUGGUAAUGGACUCUGCAUUGAAUUGACCGGCCUGUUUGGGCGUCUCUCCUCUCCUGGGUUCCCGAAGCCUUACCCUAAUGACCAGACUGUGACCUGGGACAUAACGGUCCCUGAAGGACAUCGCGUCAAGAUCUAUUUCACCCACUUCAACCUGGAAUUGUCCUAUUUAUGUGAAUAUGAUUAUAUCGAGCUUAAAUCUCAGGGGACGCUGCUGUCUCGCUUCUGCGGCGCGGAGUCUACAGACACUGAGAAAGCCCCCGGAGACUCUUCCUUCUACUCCCUGGGUAAUAAAAUGACCGUGACUUUCGUGAGUGACUACUCCAAUGAGAAAGCAUUUUCUGGUUUUGAGGCUUUCUACGCGGCUGAAGAUGUGGAUGAGUGUGAAAAACCAGACGAGGACACAGAAGUUUGUGACCACUUCUGCCACAAUCACAUCGGAGGACAUCACUGCAGCUGCCGUGCCGGCUUCACACUGCACAAAGACAAGAAAACUUGUAUUGCUAAGUGUGACAAGGUGACGUAUACUACAAGUUCAGGAGAGAUCGAGAGCCCAGAUUUCCCCAGGACUUACCCUAAACUGAGCAACUGCAGAUAUGAGAUUCGGGCUGAAGAGGGAUUCUCUAUCAUCCUGAGGUUCCUGCACUUUGAUGUAGAGUCCCAUCCAGAUGUUUUAUGUCCUUAUGACCAUCUUCAGAUCACAGCCGGUGGAAAAGACCACCCUCCUCUCUGUGGUUCCAACUUACCUUCUGACAUAGACACAAGAAGCAGAAAGGUGGACAUCAUAUUUACGACGGACGGAUCAGGACAUCACACGGGAUGGAAACUACAAUAUACGACCGUAGCUCUUCCCUGUCCCGAUCCUCUGCUGCCCCCUAGAGGUCAUUUUACACCUGAGAAGAAAACCUACGUGGUGAAGGAUCGCCUCUCGCUUUCCUGUCAGAAGGGAUAUGUAUUGGAACACAAUGGGAAUAUAUUACCCUCGUUCACUGCAGUUUGCCGGAGUGAUGGGACGUGGGAUAAACCACUGCCAAAAUGCGUCAUUGUAGACUGCGGCCCACCGAACCAUCUCGAAAAUGGAAAUUUCACAUUUGAAAACGAAAGUGAAAUAACAACGUACAAUGCAGAAAUCCUGUACCAAUGUGCCGAACCUUUUUACAAAAUGAAAGAAAGUAAAGCACGAUACCGUUGUGGAGAAGGAGGACACUGGGAAGACAUCAUGAAUGGUAGCAUAUUGCUCCCGACCUGCAUUCCUGAAUGCGGUACGAAGAAAACACGUCCCAAAAGCAGAAUAAUCGGAGGUAAAGCAGCCCAGCUGGGUGAAUUUCCAUGGCAGGUUUUCAUACAAACUGAUUCCAGUAGAGGAGGUGGGGCUCUUCUUUAUGACAACUGGAUUUUAACUGCUGCUCACGUCAUCUAUGAAGAAAAAAAUAUGGAGCACAUAAUCCUAAAAAUGGGAUUUGUCCACAAAAAUGACGCUAUUUUUCAUAAAGCGACCGCCCAAUCCGUUUUCGUCCAUCCUGACUACCUUCACGACACUUCCACUUACAACAAUGAUAUCGCCCUGAUUAAACUGCAGGACAAAGUCCCGAUCAGCAGCAACAUCCAGGGAAUCUGUCUCCCAACCAAGGACGAACGGUUCCGGAUCAGCCACACCGAUGAUAGUCACCACACCGGGGAAGUGUCUGGAUGGGGUCAGACUGAUAAAUCCAUCGAGGCGAGAAACCUACGUUAUGUCCAGGUGAGCGUUGUUAACCAAGCCGAAUGUAAGGCCGUCUCCCAGAAGCUAAAAGAGGAACACAACGCUGUAGUCACCGACAAUAUGUUCUGUGCUGGUACGGAGGGCAAAGAUUCCUGCGCAGGAGAUAGCGGUGGAGCGCUGGUGUUUAAAGAGGAAGCCACCAGAAAGUGGUUCAUUGGAGGGAUCGUAUCCUGGGGGGCGACAGACUGCGGGACUAAAGAUUUCUAUGGUGUAUAUACUAAAGUAAGCAACUACCUUGACUGGAUAAAUGACACAAUCGUGAAAAAUGCCGCCUAAUAACAAACAACCAUAAGGAUAGUCGUGUGCAUUAAUGCCUUAACAACAACCUUCCCCCAAUAAAUCAACA